UUCCUACAAAAUUCGGCCAUUUAUGCGAUAGGCCCAAUGAAAAAUUCAAUCCAAUGGCCCAAGGAAGCCUAAAUUCAACUAUUUUUGUCUUUAAUCUCUCUCUCCAACAAAGUACACAGUAGAGAGAGAUGGCGCCGACUUCCUUGGUGCGUUACGGCCGUUGGAUUUCCCGGUUCAAAUUCCCAUACUCUCCGGCCAAGUCAUUUUCCUCUCCGUCGCCUUUCUCCUCCGCCGCCGGACUCCACAAUGCCGAUUCCACCUCUCCCGGCGGUCCACCACCUAUACGAGUCUCGCUCACCGACACUGCUGGUCGCGGUGUUUUCGCCACUCGAAAGAUCGGUGCCGGAGAACUCAUACACACAGCCAAACCACUCGUCGCUCACCCUUCCCUGUUUUCUAUCAACCAUGUUUGCAAUUUCUGCCUGCGGAAUCUGCAGAGAAAUGCUAACGUCGACUUCGAUGCUCAUCGUGCAUCGUUCUGCAGUGAAGAGUGUGAACGACAUUCCAAGGUUUUCCACGAUGUUGAAAUGGAAGCAGAUUGGUCAGACUACGACAAUUAUUGCAGGGAGCAAGGCUUAAAAUAUCCUCUUUUGGUGAAGCGAUUGGCUUGUAUGGUCAUAUCUGGAGCUAUAUCUUCUGGCCUUCUUGACAUACUUCAACCUUCUCGUUUGUCUACUGAUAUGGUUUUGGAGUUGGAAGAAGGAUACGGCUUGCUGAGAAAAGCCUUGGUCAACGCAAACAUCACAGAUGAACGGAUGCUUUUUUUAACUCGAGAAUGGUACACUGGAGUUCUCGCACGAAUUCGUAUCAAUGCCUUUCGGAUCGAGUUAGCUGGAGGGUACGAAGAUCUUCAUUCUCUUGCAGCAGCCUGUGUUGAAGCUGAAGCUGCUGUUGGGAAUGCUGUUUACAUGCUACCGUCUUUCUAUAAUCAUGAUUGUGGAGGGAAGGCAUUAGACCAAGUCCAUGGCCGAACAAGGGAAAAUUCAUCCCUAGGUUUGGGAGAGAGCUCUCCAAAAUCCAAACACACACAUUAUAUGGAUAAACAAUGCAAACGAGAGAUUGAAGGCCCUCCGUGAUGUUGAUCCCGAUGAAGAGCUUCGGAUUUGUUAUAUUGAUGCAAGUAUGGACUACGACGCUCGGCGAACUCUGCUGCACCAAGGGUUUGGUUUUAUAUGCAACUGUGCACGGUGUUCGUCCGGUGAUUGAGAUUAUCCACAUAUUCUCAUAUUGAACGCUCACUUGAAACAAACUUGUUGACCCUUAUUUGAGUUUUUGUUAUGCCUUUGGCUUCUCCUGAUGGCCUAUGGGAAGAAAGGCCAAAGCCUGGCUUGAUUGAACCAAUAUCUGAAACUUGUGAACAUUUUUGGGAUAUGAAUAGGACUUUGAGGAAGAGAUAUUCUCUCCAAUAAUUCUCAUUGAUUUUAUGUCAAGAUUAAAAGGAGUGUUCAACAAAUACUUCAUUUUUGGUUUUUCUGUAGACA